ACACGUUUGUUUUGUACUAGCUCGUGGUCGGUCAGCAAAACACGUUUUUGUGCGGUUUGUUCCAGCAACCGCUUAUAUUAUAUUGUUUUAAUUAGUUGAUUCCUGUUGGUCCGAUCGACCCCGUGAAUCGAUUCCAAAAUGGGUAAAAAAACAAAAGUUGGAAAGGAUCGGCGCGAUAAAUUCUACAAACUAGCCAAAGAGACCGGCUACCGUUCUCGUGCUGCAUUCAAGCUUAUUCAGCUCAACCGACGAUAUGGGUUUCUCCAGCAAUCGCAAGUAUGUAUCGAUCUGUGUGCCGCUCCGGGCGGAUGGAUGCAGGUAGCCAAACAGAAUAUGCCCGUCUCCAGUGUUGUCAUAGGAAUUGAUCUGUAUCCGAUCAAGGCGGUACCGGGAUGUAUUAGUUUGGUGGGUGACAUUACCACCGAUAAGACCAAGUCAGAUCUGGCUAAAGAAUUGAAAACUUGGAAAGCGGAUGUGGUUCUGAACGACGGUGCACCGAAUGUCGGUCGGAACUGGUUGUUCGAUGCAUACCAGCAGGUUUGUUUGACGCUAAGUGCCACCAAAUUGGCGACCCAAUUUUUGAAACCUGGAGGAUGGUUCAUCACUAAGGUGUUCCGGUCGAAAGAUUACAAUGCGCUGAUUUGGGUGCUGAAACAACUGUUCAAGAAAGUACACGCAACGAAACCAUCCGCCUCCAGAAACGAGUCGGCGGAAAUUUUUGUCGUUUGUCAGCAUUAUCGUGCACCCGAUAAAAUUGAUCCGAGGUUUUUGGAUGCCAAGUAUGUAUUCGAAGAGCUUGACAUUGAGCCCCAGGUGAAAAUUAACCUACUGAAGCAGGUGGAAAAGACGAAAAAACCGAAGGUUGAAGGAUACGAAGGAACGGAUGUCCGAAAGAUUGUCGGUGUGACGGAAUUCCUGAAGAAUGAUAAACCUUUGACUCUGUUGGCGCAGAUAACGGAGAUUAAGUUCGACAAUGAGGCGGCCACAAAUCAUCCUCGUACGACAUCGGAAAUUAAAGAGUGCUGUAAGGACAUAAAAGUUCUGGGAAGAAAAGAUUUAUUGGCCUUGAUUAAAUGGCAUAAACAACUGAGUGGUGAGCUGUUUCCGUCACAACCGGAUGAAGAAAAUAAAAGUAAGGAAAAGGGGAAUAGGUUACUCAAACUGACGGAAAAGAUAGAUCAGGAAAAGGAAGAUGAUGCCGAUGAGGAAACAGUGGAGUUGAAAAAUAUAGACAAUGAAAUUCGCGCUUUGAAAAAAGAGGAAUUACAGGAUGCCAAACGGAAACGUAAAAAAGCUAACAAAGAGAGAGCCAAGUUGAACGAGAAGCUGAACUUGAAAAUGGUUAUCAAAGGUGAUGAGGGUCCAACCGAAGUCGAUGAUGCAAUGAUUUUCAGUUUGAAUGAUGUUAAAAACAAGACGGAAUUGAAUUCCUUGAUGGAUGCUCCGCCGGAUGUGUUAGCUGGGCCCGAUUACCACGACGACAACGAUGACGGUCUACCGAAAAAACGGCAAAAAUUUGUCAAGUAUGAUAAGGAAACAAAAGGAGACCUGUUUGAAGAUGAAAAGAUUUUGGCACAAAAGUCCGACGACGAAGACAGCGAUGCCGAUCUAGAUCGUCCUGGAUUGGGCUUCAAAGAUGAUGAGGAUGAAAAUGUGUCACUCAAUGGACAGAACGAGAACGGAGAGGCCUUAGAUAGUGACAAUCCGGAUGCAGAGAAUCCCCUGAUAACCGAUUUGGAUUACAGAAACAAAGAUGAAAAGCGUCGGGCAAAAGCACAAUUGUGGUUUGAAAAAGAAUCGUUUAAAAAUGUUCUCGGUGAAGAGGAUCAAGCUCUGGACUACGAUUUGGAUAGGCUAACGGAGAUGUACAAAAAAUCCGGUGUCGAAGUAGUCGGUCAGGACAACUCGAGCAAGGAGAAUAGACCUCUUGGUAAGAAAGCUCGUCGACGGGCCCGGCAUGAUGUUUCCGGAGAGAAAUCGUCAUCGGAUUCGGAUUCAGAUUCGGAGCAAGAAGUUGAUGACUCCGGGUUUGAACACAAAACAGUUGAGAAAGUCGGAGGUAAAGAUGGCUUUGAAGUUGUGUCUGCUGAACGACCCAAGAAAAUUAAACUCAGCGAAGAAGAAUUGGCACUCGGACAGCUUUUGGUGACGGGUAAAAAAACUCGCCGGGAUCUGAUCGAUUCCGCUUGGAACCGGUAUAUGUUCAACGAUGCCAACUUGCCGGAUUGGUUCAUCAAAGACGAAGAGCAAACCAUGAAGAAGCAAGUCCCGGUACCGCACGAGGUCGUUGGCACCUACAAAAAGAACCUCGAAGAGAUGAAUGUUCGCUCGAUUAAGAAAGUGAUGGAAGCAAAGGCACGUAAGAAGAAGCAUGCCACCAAGCGAUUGGAGAAGAUCAAGAAAAAAGCUGAGACCAUUAUGGAUAAUGUGGAUAAUACCAAUCAGGAGAAAAUAAGGCUACUGAAGAAAUUGUACAAAAAAUCGGACGCCAAAAAGAAGGAAGUAACGUACGUGGUUGCCAAGAAGUCCGGUGUCAGUGGCAAGAAGGUUCGCCGGCCGAAAGGAGUCGAAGGUCGCUUCAAAGUGGUUGAUCCUCGCAUGAAAAAGGACAAACGCGGCGAGGAUGCGAAAUCUCGUCGGUCCGGCAAAAAGGGUGGCGGUGGCAAAUCGAAAGGUAGCAAGACCGCGAAGGGUGCGAAACCUAAACGAGCAAAGUAAGGUUUUCCAGAAGAGAUAGAUUAGUGUGCAGGAUAAGUGUUAAGUAUAUACGAAUAUAUAUUUGAAUCAACAACUA